CUGGUUAUGUCGAACAAUCCUUUGCGGUCUCAUUAGAAAUGAAGGCAAGCGCGCGGGAAGUUUAUAAAACAUCACAAAAAAGCAAAAAUAAGCUCUGAUUUGGACACAAAUCUGCCAAAAUGGGGAAAAAAUCAGCAAAGGGAAAAGAAAAGAAGAUGAAGCACAAAGAGGAAAUGGCAAGAGUAAAUGCAUCUCAAGCACUUGUUGAUGCUGCAAAUAAGUUGGAAAACCCAUUUGAGCCCUUGAUUGCAUUUAGGAAAUACAACAGGAAUGGGCUGGAGCUUGAGAUCACUUGUCAAAGAGUGACUGAAAUGAAAGCUGAGGAUGUUGACUGGGCUUUUGAUCUUACAAAACGUAACAUGGAAACACUAUAUGAGGAAAGUGACUGGGGAUGGAACGAUAAACGAAAACGAGAAGAAAUGACAGAUGAUAAUGCCUGGUAUCUGAUUGCAAGGAAUAGCCAAGGAGGGAGGCAGGCACUAUGUGAAUUCAGAUUUGAACUGGAUGAGAACAUGGAAGAGGUCAUAUAUUGCUAUGAAAUCCAGAUUGAGCCUUCCCUUCAGCACAAAGGAGUUGGCAAAUUCCUCAUGCAGAUCUUAGAAUUGAUAGGGCAUAAGUGCUCAAUGAAGAAAAUUGUCCUCACUGUUUUCAAAGAAAAUACAGUAGGUUACAAAUUCUUUACUGAUUCAUUAAAAUAUGAAAUUGAUGAAACUGCCCCAUCCAAGUGGGAUCCAACGGAAGAGUUUUGUUAUGAGAUUCUUUCCAAGCCACUUAAGAAGAAAACAACAGCAGAGCAGAUACCCCCAACACAGCAGGGCAACUCUGCGAAUGGCAAAGCAUAAAAUAAGGCCUUCCACAUCCACAGGGGAUAAAGAAGGGGUACAAAGCUACACCCUUUCCUGAGGAUUGCCCUACCAGGGUGCCCACAUUGUUAACAAAGACUGGUAGACAUUUCUCUAGAGGAAAUAUUUUAAAGUGAAAACAUUGUAAAUGCUGAUUUUAAGAGCCUUCAAUGCUUGGAGUAUUUUAGUUUUUUUUGGAUCCUAGGGGGCGGGGACCUAAUUUACAUUAGAAAUUUCUAAUUGUUCAAGAUUGGGAACAUGUUUUAAUUAUAUGUUCCAAAAAGCUCUACAUAAGGUCUUCCUUAAGAUUCAGACAGCACGAUUUAGUUGUAUGCAACUUGCCUGCAAAGCCUUUACAACCCAAGUCAGAGUAGAAAUCAGGGUACAACUCCACUACAAUGCAAGUCUACAAAAGUUGUAGUGUUUUGUACUGUAAUUCAGGGCUAAGACAUGUUGUCACAUAUGACGAAAUUGUGCUGUCUAUCUAAAUCAGCUUUACAUACCAUCAGUUGGGAUGACCUAGAACUUCUAAAGGGUGGGAGAGGGACUGGGUGCUUUAAUGAAGUAGGUGGCAUAUUUAUGAGAUUUAUUUAGAUUUUGAUAUCCUAGUUCUCAAACUACCAGGUGUCCUCACCUCAGCUUAUGCCCUGAAAUAGAGAAGUCUGCCUUAGCAGAGGUGGCCUGUACAAUUAUCUCCAAAAACGUGAAAUAGGGGGAAAAGAAAAGAAAAAAGUAAGACCUUUUAAAAUCAUUGGAGAAAAUUUGUCUGGACUACACAUCCUAAUCAGUGCCCUGCCACUUUUUCCAGGUGUUUAGGGGGAAACAGCCAUAAAAUAAUUGUUUUUAUAAGAACCAUGUUUAUUACACACCUCGCCACUCCAGCUAAGCAUUUUACAACAGAUAAAAGAACAAUGGCUUAAUUUAAAAUAUUACAACACUUUCUUUGCCAUAUUGCUUAUGUGACUUGAUUUUAGCACUUUCCCAGAUAAGGUAGACCAUUGGCUAAAGAGACCAGCUCCAUAUAAUUUGUUAUUUAUUCUGGGCUGGAAAAAGUGAAAUUAGUGAAAAUGCUAAAAUUGAGCCCUUUAGUCGUUUACUACAACAAUGAUGCAAUCUGAUCUAUACUACCCUCUGUUCUUUCGUAAAUGGAAUGUUAAAUAAAAAUUUAAUGAUAAUGAUACAGCCUAAGCCAAGCAUUGAAAAGUUUAGGCAUAGCCAUCAUCAGCUUAUGUAUAACCUUUAAAAGGCAUAGCAACAAAAUGUAAAAAUUAAAAUUAAAUACUUUUUUUAAGUCCAGGGUAAUAGUGCAAUGACUAAUCCUUCUUCACCAUGGAAUAUAAUUGCUGAACACUUGGUCCUUUCAGGCAGAUAAAUACUUUACAAAAUGUCCAAACUAUUGUGAUAAAGCAUCAGAAAUUAAUAAAAAAAAAACUCCUUCCUGCA